CAUACCAAUUCCAAUGCCAAUCCCUUCAAGCGUCCAAUGAAUACGUUGCAGAAGCAAUGGUAUCGUGUGCUUCUUGCCAGGCGAGUGGGCUUCGGCCAGAGGCCUCAGCCGAGCGAAAAGGAGCCCACCUACGCUGACAUAUGCCAUAGACGCUACAUGGCCGCGUUUCGCAGAUAUAACGAGCGUUUCCGCUGGGAAAUGGCAAUGCACGAGCAGAUGCAACGUUGCGCCAUCGACGCAAUGCGCGUACACAGAACGUUUUCGAUCACAACGCUUUGGCUGCCUUUGCACUCGAAACGGGAAAUCAACUCAACGCUGCAAAGACUGGAAAAGGUUUUGACAGCCAAGGAGAGGCGACGCCUCGAGGAGAUACUCAAACGAGGCGAAUCGCUGCGCACGCGACGCUUUUAACAGAUCUAAUGACUGCCACCGACGCUCCCACGCUGCCACGCUCUCGCCCAAGUGCAGCUGGAGUGAAGCAGCGAAAAGCACUUUCAAGUGCUGCA